GCGUUGCCAAGGAAGUGCGUCAAGGACAGGGGCGGGGCCGUCUCGCCGCUUCCGGUGCCGCGGGAGGAGGCGGCCGCGCGGCUCCAUGGUGACGGCGCAGGUUUCUAGCCCGGGCUCACGCAUCAGUGGGAUCCCGCUAUCAUGUCUAAGUUAAAGAGCUCGGAGUCGGUGCGGGUGGUGGUGCGGUGCCGGCCCAUGAACAGCAAAGAGAAAACGGCUUCGUAUGAAAAAGUUGUUAACGUGGAUGUCAAGUUAGGGCAGGUCUCGGUGAAGAAUCUGCGGGGAACAUCUCAUGAGCUGCCUAAAACUUUCACCUUUGAUGCCGUGUAUGACUGGAAUUCCAAACAGGUUGAACUCUACGAUGAGACCUUCAGACCUCUGGUGGACUCUGUUCUGCAAGGGUUUAACGGGACAAUCUUUGCCUAUGGGCAGACUGGGACAGGGAAAACUUACACGAUGGAAGGGGUGCGUGGUGAUCCUGAAAAGAGAGGGGUCAUCCCCAAUUCAUUCGAUCACAUCUUCACCCACAUCUCUCGAUCUCAAAAUCAGCAAUACUUAGUUAGAGCAUCUUAUUUGGAAAUAUACCAGGAAGAAAUCAGAGACUUGUUAUCAAAGGAUCAGUCCAAGCGGCUGGAGUUAAAGGAGAGACCAGACACAGGUGUGUAUGUGAAGGAUUUGUCCUCCUUUGUUACGAAAAGUGUCAAAGAGAUCGAGCACGUCAUGAACGUGGGAAACCAGAAUCGCUCUGUGGGUGCCACCAACAUGAAUGAACACAGCUCUCGAUCUCACGCCAUUUUCGUGAUCACUAUUGAGUGCAGCGAGUUGGGACUCGAUGGUGAGAAUCACAUCCGCGUUGGGAAGCUCAACCUGGUGGACCUGGCGGGCAGCGAGCGCCAAGCCAAGACCGGAGCGCAGGGAGAGAGGUUAAAGGAAGCGACCAAAAUCAAUCUCUCUCUCUCAGCUCUGGGCAACGUUAUCUCUGCCCUCGUAGAUGGCAAAAGCACCCACAUUCCAUACCGGGACUCCAAGCUGACCAGGUUGCUUCAAGACUCGUUAGGUGGCAACGCCAAAACUGUGAUGGUGGCCAAUAUAGGCCCUGCCUCCUACAAUGUAGAGGAGACUCUGACGACACUGAGAUACGCCAACCGUGCCAAAAACAUCAAGAACAAGCCGCGGGUGAAUGAGGAUCCGAAGGAUGCUCUGCUCCGAGAAUUCCAGGAGGAGAUCGCUCGGCUCAAGGCACAGUUAGAAAAACGGUCUAUUGGCAAAAGAAAGAGGAGGGAGAGGAGGAGAGAUGGUGGGGAAGAGGAGGAGGACACUGAGGAGGGUGAGGACGAAGGAGAUGACAAAGAUGAUUAUUGGAGGGAGCAACAAGAAAAGCUGGAGAUUGAGAAGAAAGCGAUAGUUGAGGAUCACAGCUUAGUAGCAGAAGAGAAGAUGAGGCUGCUGAAGGAGAAGGAGAAGAAAAUGGAGGAUCUGAGGCGAGAGAAGGAAGCGACAGAAAUGUUGAGUGCUAAAAUCAAGGCGAUGGAAAGCAAGCUGCUGGUGGGAGGGAAAAAUAUUGUGGAUCACACAAAUGAACAGCAGAAAAUUCUGGAACAGAAACGACAGGAAAUUGCAGAACAGAAACGUCGAGAACGAGAAAUCCAGCAACAGAUGGAAAGUCGGGAUGAGGAGACUCUGGAGCUGAAGGAGACCUACAGUUCUUUGCAGCAAGAGGUGGACAUAAAGACCAAAAAACUCAAGAAGUUAUUUUCCAAGCUGCAGGCUGUGAAGGCAGAGAUCCACGAUCUGCAGGAGGAGCACAUCAAGGAGCGCCAGGAGCUGGAACAGACCCAGAACGAACUCACCAGGGAGCUAAAGCUGAAGCACCUGAUUAUUGAAAAUUUUAUUCCUUUGGAAGAAAAGAAUAAGAUCAUGAACAGAUCAUUCUUUGAUGAAGAGGAAGACCAGUGGAAACUGCAUCCCAUAACCCGUCUGGAUAACCAGCAGAUGAUGAAGAGACCGGUAUCUGCUGUAGGAUACAAAAGGCCCCUGAGCCAACAUGCCAGGACGUGCAUGAUGACCCGUCCCGAUGCUCGGUACAGGGCAGAGAACAUCGUGUUACUGGAACUUGACAUGCCCAGCCGGACAACAAGAGACUACGAAGGUCCAGCCAUCGCUCCCAAAGUUCAGGCGGCUCUAGAAGCAGCUCUGCAGGAUGAAGAUGAGAUACAGGUGGACGCUUCAACCUUUGAGAGCACUUCAAAUAAAAAAUCAAAACCCAGGCCUAAAACUGGAAGGAAAUCAGGGGGAUCCUCUGCAACAGGUGCCCAUAGUUCUCAGCUGUACCCGCAGUCCCGAGGGCUGGUUCCGAAGUAAACCAGUGGCUCUGAAGUAAACCAGCAGUUCCUCUCCAGGCGCCAACAGCCUUUGCCUUCCAAGAGCAGAGACAGUUCCAACCUGCAGAGAGAACUCCCGGCCGGGCCCCGGCCCUUCUCCCCUGGAAACGGCCUCUUGGCCCUUUCACUGACUUGUGCACUGAGCCACAGGAAGAUACAUGCUUGUGAUUCGGCAUUUGGCCUCUGUGGGAAACAGAUUUUAGUUAGGAAAUAAGAAAUGCAUGAGGUACGUUCGAGUGUGUUAGAAGCAGUGGGAAGCAUGGGGAUCCCCUCCCAGUGUCGCCGUCUCUCGUUCCACACUCGCCUGUCUGCGCUGGGCUUCUCUGUGUUGGGCAGUAAGAAGACAGAGUUGAAAGUCAUCUCAACAGAACCACCGCUGAAGAGCUCCGCAGUGAGACCCAAAUGAGGCUGAAAAGCAGAGGAUCUGUUCAAACCUGACGAGGUGCAGAGUUUUUCCUCGUCCUGCUUAAAAGGCUGCCAGCAUCGUUUGGGGUGAUGGAGCUGGUGUGAACAGGCAGGGUGACAGCGGCCAGCAUGUCCUCACCACAUCGCUGUGCCUCCCUGUGGAACUGUGGGACGAAAAAGGGGACCGGAAAGCGGCUUUGCGCUCUCUAGAGAGGUGGCAGUAGAAGCUGAAGUCCUUUCCUUGUUUACAGGCAGAGCUAAGAGCUCCUCUGAACUGACCCUUGCAGACCUCACCCCUGCCAACAGGAACACACCUGCAGAGCUGUGCCAACCCCACCGCUUUCUUCCUCUCUCUUGCCUCCAUCCUCACCCCUGGCAUUUAAAACCAGUGUCCAUAGGAAGUCUUUAAACUGUGAGGUGACAUGUGGCCAUUUUCUCUUGUCUCCCAUUGGUCACAGGAAAUGUAGCGUUGUCUCUGAGCUGCCCCUGGCCAGCUCUGUGCUCCUGUCAGCUGGGUGGGGGGCAGAGCCCCGAAACGUGGAGCUGCCCUUGAGCGUGCUCUGGUGAGUGUGGUCCCUUCCCUUGGUGUGCGAGGAGGUUCUGCGUUCGGUACCUUCGUGCCUGUUCCACAUUAGCAGCUUUCACUUUGCACCUCCCGGCCCAACUGUGAGGGAAAGUGUGUGUCAUCCGGUCUGAGAAAUGGAAUCUGAUGUUAAUUCCAGGGGUUCAACUUUGAAAAUAAGGGAGGAAGAGCUCCUGCUUUUGACGGUCUCUUUGCAAAGCUGCCCUAUGACGAAAGCGGGUUCCGCUACCGCCGCAGGCUGAUGUGGCAGGGCAGAGAGCGGUGACACUGCCACACCGAGAACAGCCAGCUGUCCCUGUCUGGUGUCUCACAGAUCAUUCCUAAGUUUUAGUUCUCUGUAUAUUGAGACUUGGGAUGUUGCUGCUUCUGGUUGCUGUUUGCUGUCAUCCCAUGGACAUCUUGACCUGUUUCCCUCACUGAGGACUUGCCUGGUUUUAGCAAUGCUCUGGUGCGUGGACUCUGCCUCGCCUGCUUGUUAAGUCCGUGCUGCGUGACUUCCCCAGGCUGGGGAGCCCCGUCCUGGCUGCCUCCCGAGCGGGAGGGAUCCACUGGCCAGCACAGCUCACCCUGCGCCCUGCGGGCACGGUGCCCGGUGAGCCAGCUGCCAGGUGGGCCCGGCAAAAUGCAAACGUGGCUGCUUUCAUUCACAGAGUGCUUUUCCGGACCACAAAAUUAAUAUAUAUAUACACAGAUGCAUAUAUAUAUAUUAGUUUUGGUAGAGGAGAGGAGUUUGCUUAUAAUUGAGACAGCUUAUAAUUGAGAGAGCAGGCGUCUGGCAAAUUUCUUGCAACCUGAACACGCAAACCUGGCAUAAUCUUCCUUUUUGUAGAGCACUGUUUAUGUACAGAGGGCCAUUGAGUUGGCUCUUAUUGCAUAGUAUAAUAUCACCUCCCCUUCCUUCUCCUCCCUGUUUCUCUUUAGCACAUCAUCUUCUGUACUUGGACAUUUUAAAAGAUGAUUGUAUGGUGUAAGUGCUUGGAGAAUAGAAAUGAAACAAGAGGGGUCUAAAACCUGAAAUAGCAACAAAAUAUAUAGUCACGUAUAUGUGCAUAGCAACGUACACGUAUGUUUGAUGUGAAUACGCACACACAGAGUCCUGCGGCUGCAGAUGUGCACACUCCUCCUCAGUCGCUCCUGUUCCGUAGGGAAUUCGCUAUGAAACUCGAACGCUGGGAACUCCUCUUGUAGCAGGACCAGUGUGGGAAUCGCAGCGCAAACCCAAACUGUUCUCGUUUUAGUGUUGCUAAGCUAGUUGGUUAAUAUGUCAGAAAGGCUCUGCUUUUAAUUCUGUAGAAAUUAAUUAGCAAGGUGACAGAAACUCAGCAGGGUGGAAAAAAAGAAUAAAACUGCAUUUUUAGUCCUUGUAUUUCAGUUGGAGCUGUGGUUGGAGGUUUGGUUCGUGUGUCCAUGGGCAAUCUCAGAUUGUUACAGCAGCUUUUAGAUUCUCAUUCUGAUGGGUUUACCCUCAACCAGAUCCUCAGUGGUACUGAUAUUAAGAUAAAACACAUUGUCUUAAGCUGUACAAAACUUACUGAGCUCUGGGUCGAGGUUUUUAAGACACAUUCCUGCCGAGUCUGCCCCUCACUGUGUUUUCCUGCGGGUCACGGCCAGAGCCAGGAAUCCCAGCCGGCUCCUCGGGGAGGCCCUGGGACAGCGUGCGCCAUCACAAUUUCUCCAUAGGAAUGUUUAACAUCCUUCUCGUCUUUGCUCUGAUCUGUAUAAUGGGAUGUUUUUUUUUAAAGUGGCAUGCAGCAGAAGCCCCUUGGCUCUGGGAGCAAGCCCCGCCUGAACCGAGGCAUAGGAACUGAAGCACUUUCUCAAAAUCCUUAACAUGGCUCUAGCACCUUUGUAAAAAUAUCCGCAUGCUGCUUGAAUCUUCUCAAACACGUACCUCUGUCGUAGCCCCUUGGGCUGUGCUGGCGCGUUAUACAGAUCAGACCAGACUUGUUUGGUGGUUUUGGGUGCGGUAAGUGCUUCACUGUGGAGCGCCGGCUCCUGAGACGCCCGCAGACCUGGGUCUGUCCCCGCUUCCCUCUGCCAUGGUGAACGCACGGCGGCGCGCGACGCGUCGGUGCCAACGCUGCCGGUCCGUUCCUGCUCUGUUAAAACACAAUUGGAAAGACAGCCUGCAAAAGCCAUAAUGAGAUGCAGAGAUGGGACUGAGAUGAGAACACUGGUGGGUUUAACUCUCUGUGGCCCAGGCCCUCUCGCCCCUUCAGUCUCCUCUUAUUUUGGACCAGUGCCCGGGAUGUCCCUGACGCAGCUGCCCCUGGACACGGCUCCGCCUGCUCCCCGGGGACCUGGAGACAACCUGGCAAGAGGUCAGGCCGUAGUUUUACAGCUUCUAUUUAUUUGUAUCAUCUCUUUUUGUCUAGGAAUGUAAAGUCAUCCUAAAAUACAACGUGUAAUAAAAGUCAUUAAGAUUUAUUGCAUCUAUCAAAA